AUUUCCCACGAGAGCUAUCGUAUAUUCAUGUACCUCUUAUUUUCUUCUAUGUCAAAGAAUAAAUAAUACUGUGAUAAAACGGGCCAGUUCACAUUUCAAAUAAAAGAUCUAACUUGAUAGAAUAGAAAACAGUCUUCUGCAAAUUGAAUCAGAAAUGCGUAAAAAAGGAACCCUGAAAAGGACUUAGAUGUUAAGGCCCUUUUACUAUGGGUGUUUACCAACGCGCGGCUGCACAUAAGACCCUGAAGUACAAGAGCGCAGUCAGACUAAAAGACACGGAAUGUAAUGCGUCUACGACAGCGCCCCCCCGGGAGGGAGGAGGCCAGUCCCCAUGUCCUCCUCAUACUACCUCAGCGAGUCAAGAGUUUGCCCGUUAAGGAAGCGCCUCGCUCGGACCACGCGCCAUCCUUAGAGCUGUCCUGCCACGCUUUGCGCCGACUGCCUCGCGGGCUAGAUAUCCUGGAGGAUCUGCAGCGACAAGGGGACAGCCUCGCGUCGUCCCUCCGCUUGGCUCGCGGGCCGGAUUCUGGCUCCCCCCCCGCCGAGGAAAUCUCGCGGCUCGCGGACUCCGAUACCCCGAGAUUGCUGGCGACCCGCGACUCCACCUCCGCUUCCUUCUCUGUCCUACAGACAGGACCCACGAGGCUCCCCGGCGACACAUCCGCUGGCCGAGACUGCGAGCUCCCGCUCUGUGGAGGAGCACCUGUCGUCGAGCGGCUCCCGGAAGAGCCUGCCCCCGACGCCCCGCGACGGACCCCCUCGCUCCCUCCGCCGGCCGGCCGCGGGAGCCCCCGACCCCCUGCCGAGGCGUGGGCUCCCCCCGCCGGAUACCAGGUGAUGGGGAAGCCCCGGUCGCACUGCUUCCCUCGCAGGAGCGGCUGCCCGACCCUCCCGCGCCUGACGCUGGUGCUGACGCUGUUGGUUCUCGCCGCUAGCAGAGUGCAAGGUUAGCCACGCUUCCAUUUG